AUGGAGAAGGGUUCUGUACUCAUCCCUAGGCCUAAGCCUUUAAGGCCUCAUAAUGAUCCUUUACACAUUAUAAAAACGAGGAAAGCUACACAUAAGAGGCCAGCGACUAUAGCAGGACCUAUGGUUAGAUAUUCCAAAUUACCAUUCAGACAAGUUUGCCGUCAAUAUGACACUGAUAUAGUUUAUACCCCCAUGAUCUUAGCAAGAGAAUUCGUGAGAAAUCCUCAUGCCAGAUUAGCCGAUUUCUCUACGAAUUCAAGUGACUCGCCGCUUAUGGUGCAAGUGGGGACUAAUAACGUUAUGGAUCUCUUGAAAUUUGUUGAAAUGGUAGCGCCUUACUGUGAUGGGAUUGGUAUCAACUGCGGGUGUCCCAUAAAGGAACAAGUACGAGAAGGUAUUGGCUGUGCACUAAUUUACAAUCGAGAGUUAUUAUGUUCUAUGGUCAAAGCCGUCAAGGAAAAAUAUGGUGAUUUGGUUAGAUUAGAGACGAAGAUUAGAAUUCAUGAAGAUUGGGAUCAGACCGUUAAACUAUGCAGAGAUCUAUGUUCCGCGGGCGUUGACUGGAUAACAAUUCAUGGUAGAACUAAAAAUACAAGAUCUUCUCAUACUGCAAACUUCGAAGCUAUUAGAUACGUAGUGGAUAGGAUUCGUGAUAAGCAAGUACCAGUAGUGGCUAACGGUGAUUGUCUACAAUCGGAAGAUGUACAGAAGAUUGCUGAAAUUACAGGAGCUGAUGGUGUAAUGGCCGUUAGGGGUGUUUUAUCGAAUCCGGCUUUAUUCAGUGGGUUUAAAACAUGUCCUUGGAGUUGUGUAGAGUGGUUUUGGUAUUACACUUUAGAAUUCGGUGGAUUGCCUUACCAAUUGUUACAACACCAUCUUUACUGCAUGUUGGAAAAUAUGGAAGUACCAAGAAAUUUAAUCAAAGAGUUGAUGGACGUUAAAGGCACAGCUGAACUGUUAGACUGGUUUGGUGAUCAUUUCGAGCUGAAGCGAUAUGGUGAACCUGGAUUUGCAACCUGUGUCGAUAUACCUUGGAAGAACCAAUAA